AUGCCUAACAGAACCUUCCAAAGGCCUGUGUCCUCUCGGGAUGUUGUUCAGAUUGCCGCACUGGACCCUGAUCUGGAUGCGAACAUCACGUACCGUAUCAGGACUGAGGAGGCCAGAGAGCUGUUUGCAGUGAAUUCUCUCACUGGAGAGCUGAGGGUGCUUCACUCACUUGAUUUCGAGAAACUCUUACCAAAUGGGACAACAUGGAACUUUGUGGUAGAGGCUGUGGAUGGCGGAAGUGGCAAAAUGCCUCCCGGGUUGGCUUCUGUUACCGUCACUGUGUUGGGUACAGCGGCCAGUCGGGUUCACUAUAAAGUGGAUCUGGAGCAGUUUCCUUACAGCACUAGUAUCUUCGAUGUGGAGGAAAACUCUGGCAAUGUUCUCACCAGGGUUAAUCUGAAUGAGGAGCCCAACACUAAAUUCAGUUUGGCAGUUAUUGCCUAUGAUGAUGGGGAGCCGGUGAAGUUCAAUAAGACUCUGGUGGAGAUCACUGUCCUGCAGCCGUCCAUCAUUCCUGUGUUCACGCAGGAGGAGUACAGGUUCUCUCCGGUCAGCGAAAAUGCCCCUGUGGGAACGAUCGCAGGAGUCAUCUUGGCGGCAGCCAUAAACCAGACCAUCGUCUACUCCAUCAUCGAUGGAAAUGAGGGCGGUGAAUUCAUUGUGAACAACAUCACUGGAGUUAUCAGCACUGCCAAGCCACUGGACUACGAGAGCAACAGCAGUUACGUCCUCCGUGUGGAAGCCGACUCCAUGAGGGUGGUGUCAUCCAACCUACGAGCCCCAUCCAAAAGCAACACCGCAAAGGUCUUCAUCGAUGUGCAGGAUGAGAACGACCAUCCUCCUGAGUUCACUAAGCCCUUUUACCUCGGUGGGGUUGCAGAGGAUGCCAAGACCUUCACCUCUGUUUUACAGGUCCAGGCUAUGGAUAAGGACACAGGGAAUUACAGCGCCAUGCUGUACAGGCUGAUUAUCCCCCCAACUACUGACGGCAAAGAUGGCUUUGUUAUUGAGCCCUUCACAGGAGUAAUUAAGACAGCCAUCAUGUACAGAAACAUGCGGCGCUCCUACUUCAAAUUUGACGUGGUUGCUACCGAUGACUACGGGGUGGGACUCAGCAGCAGCGCUCAAGUGGUGGUGUCAGUGGUUAACCAGCUGGACAUGCAGGUGGUCGUAUCCAACGUGCCGCCCACUGUAGUUGAGCAGAACAAGGAUCAGCUGAUUGGGAUUUUAGAGCGUUACGUCCAGGACCAGAUCCCAGGAGCUAAAGUUGUUGUGGAGUCAAUUGGAUCGCGUCGUUUUGGCGAGGGUUAUGAACAGGAGGACUACUCAAAAUCUGACCUGAUGAUUUAUGCAAUCGACCCUCUGACCAACAGAGCUCUCUCAAGACAGGAACUCUUCAAGUUUUUAGAUGGGAAGUUAUUAGACAUCAAUAAGGAGUUCCAGCCCUAUCUAGGUCGCGGAGGACGCAUUCUGGAGAUCCGCACGCCGGAUGUGGUGGAGAGCGUGAAGAAGGCGGUUCAGUCUGUCGGAUACACUGAAGGAGCCCUGCUGGCGCUGGCCGUCAUCAUCAUCAUGUGUUGUAUCCCAGCCAUCCUCAUCGUCAUCAUCACCUACCGGCAGUGA